AAAAUAUCGAAAUUUUCUAUAUUUUUAGAUAACUUUUACAAAAAGGCAUAUGCCCAAAGCCCUAAAGGGUUUUUCUCUCCCCUUUCUUCUGUACUAAACCCCCCAUCUUCCUUUUCAAGAAACAUAGCUUAACCCCCUCACCCCCUACCCCCCACCCCACCCCAUUUUCACUCUUACUCUACUACCCCAUACACCCUUUUCAAUCUUUUGAAUCACAGCAUCAUCACUUUGCUGUAUCUUUACAAAUUUUCUUGAAAAAUUUUGAGCAUUUUGAGCUAUUUUUGACCAAAUUUGAUCAACUUUUGAGUAUUUGGAGUUGUAAAGUUUGUUUAGUUAUUAAAAAUUUAAUCUUUUAAAUAAAAAAUGAAACAAAGGGUUGGAUUUACAUUGAUUAGAGAAAGUUUGUAUCGUAAGUUAAUUAAACCAAGUUUUGUUCCUCCAAGACAUUAUUGUACUUCUUCAGUUAAUGUUCCUCUACCGCCUAAGGUUCCUCAUUCUUCAAAAAAGGGAAGGUUGCUUACAGGAGCCACAAUUGGUCUACUAAUAGCUGGAGGAGCUUAUGCAAGUACAGUUGAUGAGGCCACCUUCUGUGGAUGGCUAUUCUCAGCAACAAAGCUUGUAAAUCCAUUCUUUGCAUUUCUGGAUCCAGAGGUUGCUCACAGACUGGCAGUCUCUGCUGCAGCUCGAGGAUGGGUUCCAAGGGAGAAGAGGCCUGAUCUUCCUAUAUUAGGCCUUGAUGUAUGGGGAAGAAGGUUCUCAAAUCCUGUUGGUCUUGCUGCUGGUUUUGACAAGAAUGCGGAGGCCGUUGAAGGCUUGCUUGGAUUAGGUUUUGGUUUUGUUGAGGUUGGUUCAGUAACUCCCAUUCCACAGGAAGGCAACCCAAAGCCACGUAUAUUUAGGUUGCCAAAUGAAGGUGCUAUAAUCAAUAGGUGUGGCUUCAAUAGUGAAGGAAUCGUUGCAGUUGCCAAACGAUUGGGUGCUCAGCAUGGCAAGAGAAAGUUGGAAACUUCUAGUACUUCAUCUCCGUCAGGAGAUGAAGUCAAGCAUGGAGGGAAAGCUGGUCCUGGUAUUCUUGGAGUUAACCUUGGAAAGAACAAGACAAGUGAAGAUGCUGCAGCAGAUUAUGUGCAAGGAGUUCAUACAUUAUCUCAGUAUGCUGACUACCUGGUAAUUAAUAUCUCAUCCCCAAAUACUCCAGGACUACGCCAGCUUCAGGGAAGAAAGCAGCUGAAGGAUCUUGUGAAGAAGGUUCAGGCAGCUCGUGAUGAAAUGCAGUGGGGUGAGGAAGGACCUCCGCCUUUGCUUGUGAAAAUUGCUCCAGAUUUAUCCAAACAAGAUCUUGAAGAUAUUGCAGCGGUGGCUCUUGCUCUUCGUGUGGACGGACUGAUUAUAUCAAAUACUACAAUCCAAAGACCAGAUUCAGUAAUUCAAAACCCUGUGGCUCAAGAGACCGGUGGCUUGAGUGGGAAGCCACUCUUUAGUAUGUCAACAAAUAUACUGAAGGAGAUGUACAUUCUGACCAAGGGAAGAAUACCUUUGAUUGGCUGUGGAGGUAUUAGCAGUGGUGAGGAUGCUUACAAGAAAAUUCGAGCUGGUGCCACUCUUGUGCAGCUUUAUACAGCAUUUGGAUAUGGAGGACCUGCACUUAUCCCCAAUAUAAAGGCUGAACUCGCGAAUUGCUUAGAAAAGGAUGGUUAUAAGUCUAUCCACGAGGCUGUAGGAGCAGACUGCAGAUAGUUUUCAAUGUAGUCUACCGGUCAUUUGAGCUUGAGGGGCUGACAACAUUUUUGCCGCAAUCUAAUAAAAUGAAAUUUUUGGUCCCUUCCCAUUUUGCGUCGUAUCAUUUGCUAAGUAGUUUGUAAUGCCUUCCAAAAAUUAUAGAUAUUUAUGGAUUACUUGUGGCUAGUGAUUCAUGCUCUAUAAAUGUAACAUAGAAACUCUUGUGUCUUUGGUUGAGAUUUGUGUUUGAUGUGGGAGUUGAAUCCACAAAUAUGAAGUGAAAGGUAAUGGUGACUUCUUGUUCA